UUGAUUUUAGAAGUUUUGAAAUUCUCUUUAGAUUUAAAGAAACAUUUAUAAUCUUAAACGCUUCCAGUGUCGUUUGUGUGAAUAAUAUAUUCAGGAAGACAUGUUCCACAGACCAAUAUUACUAUAAGUGUAUCAGUUCAGUGAAGAAUUAUGUGAUCUUUAUACAUUAAUAAACAUGUUGAACGGGGCCGACAAAGGACCUUCUCUUCAAGCGUCACCUGUAAAGGUAUCUCCUUCACCUGUGAGAGCUUCAUCUAGUCCUGUACGGGCACCAUCUUCUCCAUUGAAAUCCUCGCUAUCUCCGGCUGGAAAACCCAGGUCACCUCGACGCUGCCAGUUUGCAGCUCCUGUAGAAGAUGGGAAAGAUAAGUGUGGAACAUCAUGGUUAUGCCGCAGAGGCGCAGGAGCUGAAGCCACUGAUGAUUCGGGAUCAGAGUCACCGGGGCCAAGUGCGCCGCUUCCACAAGGCUGUGAAGAUUCUGCACCACCACCAAAAAACUGCUUUAGAUUAGUCAUGCUAGGAUCGGCCCGGGUAGGAAAGACGUCGUUGGUCUCAAGAUUUCUUGGUACGAAAUUCGAAGAUAGUUACACACCAACCAUAGAAGAUUUUCAUAGGAAGCUCUACCGAAUACGAGGCGAAGUUUACCAGCUGGAUCUUCUAGAUACUUCUGGGAAUCACCCCUUUCCUGCUAUGCGAAGGUUGUCUUUUCUCACUGGUGAUUUAUUUGUCUUGGUAUUCGCAAUGGACUGUCGGGAGUCUUUCGAGGAGGUGAUUCGCCUUCGGGAGCAGAUCUUAGACACUAAGGCUAGUGCAAGUGGCAGUAGUCGUGGUAAAAAACAGACACCCCGAGUACCUAUGGCUAUAGCUGGCAACAAAUGUGACAGAGAGCUAAAGACUGUACAAGCGGAGGAAGCUGUCUCAUACUGUGCUACUCAGGACACCUCCUGUGUUUUCGUUGAAACUUCCGCUAAAAAGAACUUCCACGUUGACGAUCUUUUCUAUGAACUGUUUGUUGUAGCGAAUUUACCUUUAGAAAUGGCCCCAAACCAUCAUAAGCGAGUCAGCACCGCGUUUGGUAGCCCAUGUACCUUGCCGCCGACGAGUAGUCAGAGCAGUAGAAGUAAGAAGUGCACUUUGUCUAUAAAGAGAAGAUUGUCGGACGCAUGCGGUGUGGUCGCUCCCAAUGUACGACGACCAAGCAUUCGCACAGAUCUCAUGAUAAUGAGAACCAAAACUUGUGCCAAAGGUGAUGGAGAUAGCGUGACUGGAAGUCCGAAGCUCAAUUUGAAUAGACUAGUACGAUCAAAUGCGCAAAACGACAAACGGUCAUGUACAAUCCAGUGAUAUUAAUAGCAGUUAGUACAAAUAUUUAGGCUUAUAUUUAGACAGGUGCUAAAAAUAGUAAAUAAGAUUGGUCCGGUAUAUCCCGAGAAUAACUAUUUCUUCAAAAAAUCUAUCGACUAGCCAGAUGACCAAUUUGAUCAGCACUGUCUUCAACAAAUUAUUAUCUUAAAAGGAUCUAAUUGUAAAUUGCUAUAACAAAACAAUUUGUUACAACGGAGUGAUGCUUUGUUUGAUGUGAAAUGCAGCGUGUGUUAACAAAAUGUAUGAUAACACUUAAAGCUUAUUCGUUGUUUAUUCAUUGGAUCUGUGUAUCUUAAUGAUAAGAGUUAAUUGCUUUCAUGUCCUAUAUUAUAUCUUUUUCGAAGUCAUUUGUGUAUUCCUCAAUUUCUUUGUACAUUCAUUUUGUCAAUGAAAUGUUGAAAAGGGACCAAAAUCGUUCUUUUUAAUGGCAAAUAUUCAAAAUUUAUCGCAAUGAAAUAAUAUUAGUUUUUAAUAGUUAUUGUUAUAAUGUUGCUUUUGUGUUGAUGAAUGUGUAUUAUAUAGAGAGUUUCCACAACUUAUCAUUGUAUCAUGUUAUUUAUAUCAUAUUGUAUUUAUUCAACCUUUUGUGAUCU